AUGACCAGGACUUGCGAGAACGGCGCAUGGGUCGGUGCUCCCUGGACAGGGUGCCGGGAAGAAUUUGCUUACGAAGCCGCAAGAAGUGCGAUCACCGAUGCACCCCUGGACCCUGACGUGGCUGAGGAGGUUGGUUCGGAUUCCUUCCUGACCGACCUGGCCGCGUACGCAGAGUAUGACGGCACCCCACUCGCCGACCUUCCAAACACGGAUAACAUUACCAUCAUGCCUGAGCGCUGGGCUCUAACCUACACCAAGGAAGGCGUCACUACAGGAAUGUUCCUGCCUGAAACCAGGAACUUCGACCCAGAAGUUGGGUUACCAGACGAGUUGCCAGGUAUCGCCAUCAUAGCCUUAAGACAGAGCUACCCGCUGUACUACGAGCAAUACCUGUCUAACAUGGAGGCGGAUUACCGCAACUCGCGCGCCGACGUGGAGUUUGACAGCGCAACGUACGGACCGGACGCAAACUGCUCCUACCCACCGCGCACAGACCUGGGAGGCGGAUUCGCACUGCAGCGAAUUGCACCAACCCUGUGCCGACCUGACGACACGAUCGAAGCCAGAGACCCGAUCACCAGUGUACCCGUAAAAGCACGCACAGGCCGAGACAUAGUCUGGGAGCCAUUUAAUGUCAGAACAGAGGAAGUUUGGGACGAGGCCUGGGUUGACGUUGAUGUUUCUCGAUGCUGUGAAUCUGCUCCACCAGACCCCCUGCGGUGUGUAGAAGUGAUAUGCGGCUCCCAGCAGCCUCCCUACCCGGACGGUUACCAAUGUGGUUACACGUGCACCCGGAACUGUACCGGUUACUACAGCACCCUGGUGACAUGCCGAGACGGGACCUGGGUCGGAAAGGUUCCCAACUGCUGGCCGUCACACUGUCGCGAGCCUGAAGAGUUCGACUGCACAACCAGGACCGACUGCAGCGCCCCCUACCUCAAUGAUUGCCGGGACCCAAAAGACUACUCGUGUGCUCUCAGGACCGGCUGUGACCCUCCCUUCAUCCACGGGGAGACUUGCCACUACCAGUGCGACCAGGAACGCGGAUGCUGUGGGAUCCCGCCUUUCAGAAACUGGGCCGUCUACACGUGUGACGAGCCCGGCACCCCGUACCCUUCCGGGACGAUGUGCACCUACCGCUGCCGCAAGGGCUGCUCCGCCAUCCCGGACACAACUGUCGCAACGUGUUAUAACGGGAGGUGGUAUGGAAAUAGGAAGUGGAGAUGCAAGAAAGGUUGUGGAGCGCCGCCUAACCCACCCUGCACCAAACGGUUCGGCUGUGCUCCUUUCUACUGGUACGGGGAAAGCUGCUACUACCGGUGCUACAACAACAAAGGAGGGUACGCCAUGGAGGUGACCGGAGACGCCAUCAGGACGUGUAUAAAGCCUGGCGUGUGGUCAGGAACCGACCUGAUCUGUAACUGUAAAGAUCGGGAGGAAUGCUGCCUCGUCGACAUCGUCUUCGUCCUGGAUUACUCCGUGAGCAUGUCGGGAGACACUACGGCUGUCAAAAACUUCGUCUACGCGCUGGUGAACCGGUUUGAGAUCGGGGACCUGGACGCUCUCGUCGGGGUUCUCAGAUACAAUACCGGUCAGAUGCUGGAAUUCUACCUGAACGCAUACAACAACAAACCAGAUACACUCGCACACAUAAGUGGCAUGACUACAACACCCGGUGGAGGAACAAACACCGGUGCAGCUCUCACCUACGUGGCCAACACCAUGCUACUCGAAACCAACGGCAACCGCGCGGACGCUCCUGAUGUGGUUAUCGUCCUGACUGACGGCUUCUCGUGGGAUUCCGUCGCAGGCCCGGCCUCUGUCCUCCACAGCAUGGGCGUGCAGACCUUCGCCAUCGGCGUCGGGAGUUGCGUCAGCGACGCGCAGCUGCACGACAUCGCCAACUGUGACGACCACGUCUACAAACUGGCGGACUUCAACGGACUGGAGGGCAUCACCACCAACAUACACAACCAGAUCUGCUGCGACAAGCCCACAGACGCCUGUCCAGAGAACUACGAGCGCGUGAUGGCGAACGGACCUUGCCUGCGGUUCUCUACAGACCGCCAGAACUACUUCCAGGCCAGGCAGACCUGUCGCGACGAGGGCGGCCGUCUGGUGGUCAUCAAAUCCGCAGCGCUGGACGCCUUCAUCGACAACCGCAUCCAAACAACUUACGCCAGCGCGACCUGGAUCGGUCUGGACGAUCUGACUUUUCCUUUCUCGCAGUACGUUUGGAGUGACGGCAGCGUGCUGGGCCCCACUGACUACGACGACUGGUUUGGCGGCAGCCCAUUUCCCCCAUGGCCAUUCCCCUGUGUGGAGAUCCGCCCACAGUUGAACUACAAGUGGAUAAACCAAUUCUGCUGGCUUCUUAAUCGCUACAUCUGCGAGAAAGUCGCCACCCCGCCCUGCUGCCCACGCCCGCGGACAUACGUGUCGGAUCCCGGUUAUACCGUCUCGGAUGAUCACGCCUACCGACUGUCUCCUGCUGUGCAAUGCGACGCACCCACCGAGGAGGUACCCGAUGCGUAG